UGAAUAACUUGAAGCCCCAAAAAGAACUGAAAAAACCCACUAUUUUUUGUUCUUCAAUGGAUUCAAUGGGAACCCUUUUAGAAGGAGAUUGGAGUUGUUUCAGUGGGAUGUAUACAACUGAUCAAGAAGCUGAUUUCAUGGCUCAAUUGCUGAGUAAUUGUCCUCAGCUCCCUGAUAUAGAUAUGAGCAAUUACUUGAGUGAUUCAAACCCAGUUUUUGUAACCAAUAAUAGCCCCAUUUCAAUGGAUUUUUGUAUGGAAGAUGGGACCAAAACUAGUUUUUUUCUGGUUGAACCUGAUGAUUGUUUGGACCCAGAAAUGGGCAAGAAUGGCAAUGUUGAAAAAGAACCGAAGCCUGAACCUGAGAAGAAAAGUAGUAACAAGAGAUCUCGAAAUUCAGGAGAUGUUCAUGUUCAAAAGAGUAAGCGAAACGGAAGGUCUAAGAAGAACCAGACCAUUGCGGCCAAUGAUGAUGAAGACGGUAAUGGCGGUCUCAACGGGCAAAGCUGGGCCAGUUGCUCGUCGGAGGACGACUCGAAUGGUGGUGCGAGCUCAGGCUCAAAGGGAGAAACAACACUGAAUUUGAAUGGCAAAACAAGAGCCAGUAGGGGUGCAGCCACUGAUCCACAAAGUCUUUAUGCAAGGAAAAGAAGGGAAAGGAUUAAUGAAAGAUUGAGGAUUUUACAGAAUCUUGUCCCUAAUGGAACAAAGGUUGAUAUUAGUACAAUGCUUGAAGAAGCUGUUCAAUAUGUAAAGUUUUUGCAGCUACAAAUUAAGCUGUUGAGUUCCGAUGAUCUUUGGAUGUAUGCACCUAUUGCUUACAACGGAAUGGAUAUCGGAAUCGAUCUCAAGAGGACGUAGAAGAUACCGCCGCUGGAGACCAUUUCUGGUGAAAACAUAUAGGCUAUCUUGCAAAUUUUUAUAAAUUGAAAUAAGUUCAGUUGCCAUUUUGUAAUGAAUUUAUUUCUUGAUUUGUAAUCA